AUGGCCAACUCAGCCCUAUCCCUUCUUCUCUCUUGUCGUCUCCCCUCUGUUUCAAUGCCCAAUUUCUCUUUUAGAUUCAAGAGAUCCUUAAAUGCUAACCAGAGGUUGGGGAUUUGGGGGAAGUGCAGCAUUAGAGGGCCUCUGUUAUCCAAAAGGCUGAAUCUUGUAUGCGUUAGAGCAGGGGAAAAGGAUUUGGUUGGCUCUGCCACGGCGGAAGAGAUUGUUACUGAAUUGGACGAGCCGCCGUCCAUUGAAUCUGAUUUGGAGGAGAGGGAGUCGAGUGUUGCCACAAUUUUGGCCAAUUUCACUAAUGAUUUUGAUCCUUAUCAUGCCGCUGGUACUCCAUUGUACCAAACUGCCACUUUUAAGCAGAGAAUUAUGGGAGGAAAUGAGAGUAGACGUUUUGGAAUUACUAAUAUGUUCAAAUCUAGAUGA